GGCGUCCAAAGUGUGUUUUUUCGGCCCAAAACACUCGAGUCACGGAGCCCCGCGCGCCGCUCCGGAAGCCGUUCAGUGACUCGAGUUGUGGGAGGGGGAGGAGGGACGCCCGUGCGUCACUCAAGGCCGCAGCCAGUCACGUGGCAGGCGCCUCGCGUCGCCGACAGCGUACAUAACACGCCGCCCGCGCCCGCUUCCUGCACUCAGUCGCUCGGCCCAGUGCUUCUCAGUGCUUCGCUCUGCGCUACAGCCCACGUUCACCACUUCGUCGCAGCUGUCAAAGGCGCGUGGCCCGUGUUGCAGAUGAGGAUGCACUGCGUGUCGCACUUCGGCUCGCCCGGCGCCUUCCCACACUGGGGCUCCCACGAGGGGCGCGGCUUCGGCGCGGCCCAGGGCCCCCACUGUCACCACGGGCCUCUCAGCUUCGGGCCCCUGGGCCCCCACGGCCAUGGGCACGGGUUCGGGUUCGGCCGCUGGGCGCCGUACGGGGGCCCGUUCGCGGGCCGCGGUCGCUGGGGGGCGUGGUCUGCAUGGGGCCGGCCGGGCUUCGACGUGAGCGCUCCGUGGCAGGCCGAGCAGUCGGGCUGCGGGCCGUGCGGCAGCACGACUGCGCGGCGGCCGCCACCACCACCACCACCAGCGCCAUGCGCACGCACACGACCACGAGCAGACACGACCACGGCCACGGGCACGCGCCUCGGCGGCAGGGGCGCGGGCGUCGCGGGCCGCUGGCGGGGGCGGGGGCGGGUGCGAGCGACGCGCGCGCUCGCCGUCGCCGGAGAGCGACUGCGGCUCUCGGCUGCGAAGGGGGCGUGCCGAGGACGGCGCCGGCCGCUGCGCGUGUGGUGGGCGACGACGAGGCUGCAGCGGCGGCGGGGGCGGGGGCCUCCUGCUGCGGGCGACACCGCUGCCACGCCCGGGGCGACGGCCAGGCCUCCCGCGCACACGCCCGCGCGCGCCCAGCUGCCCGCCGCCCUCGGAGCGAUCUAGAACAUUGUACUGAGUGGAUGAAGUCUAUUGGUACAGCUUUAAAUCAGAAGAACAAGUGCAUGAGUACAUAAUGAAUCAGAUGUUCUUAGGAAUAACAGUUUGUGGAUUGUAAAGAUAUGUGUUUGUUCACUUGGGCUUUUUUAAAUUGUUUAGAAGAAGAGAAGAUUCUCUAGUGAACGUUGAAAGUACAUUGUGUAGAUAUAGGUCAUACUACCUACUGUACUUCUUAAAUGUAGCACGUGUUAAUCAAGCAAACAGUAUAUUAAUGAAAAAUAAACACUGCAUAAUUUCAUUCAAAGGAUUGCCUAAGAGCUAAAAUAUUUUUAUUCCAUGUGCAAAGGAACAAUAAUAUAUAAAAAUUCAAGGAUAUAUACAUUAGAUUCCAAUUAAAUUGUAUUUUUCUUAUAUAUGCAUAUUUGUGAUAAUUUUAUAUCACACAUUGAAUAAUUGUUUCAAUUUUGUGUAAUUAAUUUUUCAUUUUUAGAAGUAUUUAUCGUCAUCAGAGUUAUUUAUGUGUGUUUUAUGAAUAUUUUUUAAUGUUUCAUAAUUAUUUAUACACUACCAUGCAUCAUACAUCAUAUAGCUAUUAAUUUAUUUAUCAAUUGUAUUUUUAUAUUAUUUCAUUGAUGUUCAAAUAAAUUUUUAAAUUGAAGUAAUCCAUCUUGUUCAAAAUAUCAAUAAUAUUCCUCUUCAAAUAUAUAUUUUUCUUCAAAAUGAAAUCAUAAAUAAAGAAUUAUGAACAACCACAUUAUUAUGUUUUUACAAAUAUUAAUUACAGACAAAUAAUAAUUUUAUACAAGUUUCAUUAUCCCUUCCUUCACAUCUUAGAACUGUCUGUUGUAUACCCAAAACACUGACCCAAAAUAAAACAAUCCUGUAAUGCGUGUUUUAGCUCUAAAUUUUACAAUUAACAAACUUGUCUGAACGAAAGCACUUGUGAACUUUCAAGAAGAAACUCAGUUUGUUUCAAAAAGUAAAUUCUGUAGCACAAAAAAUGGUUGUUCUUUGAAUCAACCAGAAGGGGGUAUACAUAGUCUAAACAGUAUAGCCAAUUAGAGAUAGCUCUUCACAAGUUUCGUCAAUCAGAAUAGCAACCAUUCUAUGUACCUACUUCAGUGUCACUUUAUGUAUAUUUUAUGGUAAAGUUAAAGAGUUUUUUCUAGAAAAUCUAAGGAGCACUAGGAAAAUCUAAGUGUACUAAGGUAUUUAAUUAUUGUGAAAGAAAAAGAAAAUUAAAAAUAAUAAAUUGUGAUGAAUGAGAAAUUAAAAAAAACAUGUGACCUGACAUUACAAAUUAAUUAACCUUCAAAAAUAUGUAUUGAGACUGAAUUUGAAAGAAACUUAAUUACUAUGAUAAGUUGAAAAAAUUUUCACUCGAGAGAGAACAAAAAGUACUUAGGAAUUAUUCCAUCUUUAACUCUCAGGCGUUAUUUAAAUCAAUUCAAAUAAAUAACAAGCAAGGCUGCAGGCAAAAUAUUAGCUUUUAAUUUCUGUACAUAACUUGCUCAUAAAAACUGAUAAUAAACUAUGGUCAGACUAACAUUUUCAAACAUCAGCAUCUCGCUACCGGUAAGGCGUGUACUGUCUAUAUUUUGAUGUUUUAUUUAUCUGUUUAUAAUUUAUUUAUUUAAUUUUUUACUUUUUUGUUUCUGUUUGUGUAAUGUUAAUUAAUAAAUGAAGCAAUUUAUUAUAAAUUUGUCGUUCUCUUGCACUGUUCAUUGUUUACACGUUAGCCUUGAUGAAUAAAUUAAAUAUUUCG